UGGCAACACCCAAGGACAAAAGCAGGCCUGGGAAGAACGGUGCCUGAGCAGGAGAUAGAGGUAUUCAGGUGCAAUAACUCCCAUAAUAUAGGUAUUGUGUCCCGUCUGGGGUAGUUUAGCAAACGAGCCAUAUUUGAAUUCAAAGAAGACUACCAAAGUGAUUUCAAUAGAACAGGACAGAUUCUGUUUCAAGAAUCUCGGCAAUCUACUUGGUAUUUGAUUGCUUUCAUUUCCCGUUUACCCCUUCUGAAUCCUUUGUAAAUCCAGGAUCUUAUCCACAGUCAGGUCUUGAGUUUCGUUUUACAGUCUUUUUCGAGCAUCGAGAUCUUUGCGCUGGUAGCUUGAACAGGCAAACCUGACCCCGCAGAGGUUUGCAUUCUUCUCCAAGCUGUUACAGAGUUCCAGCAUGGGCGGCUUUGUUGAGCAUGCAGAGCAGGAGAGGCAGACCAAUCAGCAGUUGCCAGGUGGCAGUCAGGGACAGGCGCAAUCAGAGCUGCUCCUGAGCGUGCCGGACGUGCAGAUUCACCAGGUUAUCGAGCGGGAGGAGAGAGCGUUUCCACUGGCAGAGGGAACGCUGACUGUUGUCUCCGUAUCACUGCCGGGGCACGAGAACAGAAUUGGUCUGGUUGCCAAGGUUGGAGAGUUUGAGUACCCACUGGCGAAGGACACCGCGUGCCUGCGCAGCAGCCCCCACCAGUAUGUCUUCGUCCUUUCCGAUGGGGUCCUCAUAGGCCUGACCCUACCUGGAGACACCCCCCCUGAAGCGGUGGACCUCUUCGAGCUCCUCCUCGAGCAGUGCUGCGACUUUGCCAUCCAGCAAGAUGGGACAGCAACCAAACCUGGGGAGGUUCUGAUAACCAAACCUGGGAAUGGUGAGCGGCAGGAAGUGGCGGUGGAUUCGACGGGCCGGCCUCAGCAGAGGGAAAACUUUUCAGCUGACCACCCGGGUUUCGGCGCAGACCCAAGUGCUAACAAGGGGAAGAACAAGUAUGUAGUUUCCGGUCCUGACGCUCCGUCCCCCUCGCAAUAUCCACCAAGCACAUCGGCACCAGCAGCUUAUGCCACCGGACUGCCCGCUAGUCAGCCAACUGGUGUGAAUAAGUACGUGGUGUCAGGGCCUGGCAUGCCUGCCGCUCCUCCAGGCCUGGGUCAGGGGACAAGCGCCUAUGGAGGGCCAGCCGCUUAUGCUGGAACGAGCGCUUAUGGUGGUGCGGGUCAUGAGAGCCAAGUGCCAGUUGUGCACCCUGAUGGGAGCAUGACUGGAGCGCAGCCGAGGCCAAAAAAGGUGGGGGAGCGACUGGCAGCCAUUGUGGGAAGUGGAGCGGCGAUGCUUGGACAUGGAAUUGUCAAGGGCGGUGAGUGGACCGCCACGAAGAUUCAGGAGCAUGGUCAGAAGCAGAAAGCGAAGGCGGUGCCAAACGAGCGCCCAGCGGAGAUCAGCCCGACGAUCCAGUCCGGGGUGCGGGGCGCCAACCAGGCCUCCAAAGCGGCAGACGCGACUGCAAAGAAGGUGGUUGGCGGCGCAGUCUACGUCAUCACCGCGGUCGCCAGCAGCGUCGGGGCCGCCGUGCACGCAGUAGGGGGAUCAUCCCAGCCCGGGAAGGAGCCCAAGGUCGGCGCGCGCGCGCUCGCGGUUGCGUCUGUCGACGGGAUUGCCCACGUGUUCGACGCUCUGGAGACGUCCGGGAAGCACGUCAUGGGCACCAGUCGGGAAGUCGGCUCGGAUCUCAUGCAGCACAAGUACGGCGCUCAGGCCGGCCAGCUGACGUCAGACGGGAUGAGCACGCUGGGCCAUAUGAUCCACGCGGGGUGGACCAUCCGCAAGCUAGGGUUCCGCACUGUCGCACGUUCCGCUGCGACCAACACCGCGCUGCACGUCAUCCGGAACAGCAACGACGGCGGAAACGGAUCGGAGGCGCAGGCGAUCAGCGGCUGGAACACCGCGCCCGCGCAGGGGGAGCUGGACGAGGCGCGGCGCGCAAACCAAGCAAGCGUGGCCGUGGGGAUGAUCUAAUGAGUACGUGGCUAAGUUGUGUUUGACCGCGAGAGUUGACACUAAAUUCUGAGAAAGCGUGGCUUAGGGCGGCAGAAGCAUCUUUCGUGUGUUGGACGGACUUGGUGUUGGCGUAAGGUUACUGGUUGUCUGUCACUUAUUGCAUGCGCAGGGAUGUGCGCUAAGUUCCACUGUGGCAUCAGCCUCGGAUCAUUUGGCGCGCAGGUUAGAGGAGCUCAGCAGGUUUGAAUUCCAGGUUAGAUUGGCACGUUCUACCACGAGUUUGCGCUGGAAGAGUUCCACGCAGACCUGCCGGUAUCAUUGUGAACGCCUUAGUCUGGGUUUGGUUCUUGAAAUAGACGAUCUUUAUAAUGCACUUUUUGCACGCGUAGAAAAGAAGGUGUUCUGGCAGGGGCAUCUGACUUAGAUAUUCGGAAACUGCGUAAGUGAAGUCCCGUAAACGACGGUGGCAUGUGAUUUCAUGCGGUUCCCUUUUCAAACGCCUUAUGAUCGCAUGAACCGC